UGUCAGACCUAUAACCACCGUCAAUAAGCAUAAUGCACUCUGAUGAACCUUAGGCCUCUUUUUCCCUCAAGAAUGAUAAAGUAUUAAAUUGGUAAAUUUAUCGUUCAUAUUUCUAUGCCGCACAUAAUGCAAAUGGUGAUCCUUUUCUGUCCUCCGCCUUCUUCCGCAUCCUUAAACCUUUCGAAGCUCCAACCUUCAUGGCAGCACCCUUUCCGCUCUCCUUUACCGCGGAACAUCAUUCCUUCAACCCCAACCUUUCGACCACCAAAAUUAGGCAUCCCCAACCAAAGCAGCUCAUCUGCACCGUUCGCGCUCACGGUUGGACCGACCAUCACGCCCAAUUCUGUCCGAAAACUGAAGCAACUAGUGGCAUUGAAGAUGCUUCCUGAAGCCAUGGAUCUAUUUCUCGAUAUGAAAAUCCAAGGAAUCAAAGUGGGUGUGGUCCUUGAAUCCAUGCUGAUCGAUUUGUUGAUGAAAUCUGAGCGACCGGAUGAUGCAUUCAGGGUGUUUGAUGAAAUGCCCCAAAGGAAUGUUGUCACUUGGACGUCAAUGAUCUCGGGUUGCGUUAGGAAUGGUUUUGGAAAGACUGGGAUCUAUCUGUUCGUUCAAAUGCUUGAAUCUGGUGUGCUUUCAAAUGAUUUUGCAGUUAAUGCUGCCAUCCAGGCUUGCACUGACGUGGCUGCUCUUAGAUGUGGUGAACAGUUGCAUUCACUGAUUCUUCGCUCUGGCUUUACAGAGGAUUGCUGGAGUAGUAUCAGUCUGAUUGAUUUUUACUCAAGAUGUGGAUUGGUUGAUAGAGCUGAGCUAGUAUUUGCUGGAAUUACAGACUUAGAUGUGGUGAGUUUUACUUCACUAAUUUCUGCAUAUUGCAGAAACAACUUGUUUGAUUCUGCAAUGACAUUGUUUGAUGAAAUGGUUAGGCGAGGAAUUGCGCCAAAUGAGCAUACGAUUACUAGCAUAUUGGCAGCAUGUCAACCACGCUUGGGUGAGCAGCUCCAUGGGUACAUGCUAAAAACUCUCAUCGUCAACAGUGUGCAUUCUGCAACUGCUUUACUUGAUUUUUACUGGAGGAAUCAUGAAGUUGAACAAGCAAAGUUAGUGUUUCAUCAAAUGGAAGCUAAGAAUGUAAUCACCUGGAGCUUAAUGAUCUCAUGCUGUGUCCGGAAUGGGGAACUACAUGAUGCUAUGAGAAUAUUCAAUGGCAUGGUUUCUGCUGGAAUAAGACCAAAUGAGUUCACUUUUUCAAGUAUCCUUGGAGCUUGCAGACCUUCCCAAGAAUUAUCUAAGUUGGGUUCCCAGCUCCACUCUUUGUCAAUCAAGAAUAAGAUUGCCUUGGAUACUCGAGUAGCUAAUGCUUUGUUGGCCAUGUAUGCUAGAUGUGGUAAGGUCCAAGAACUGGAAAAGCUGUUUCUUGAAAUUAAGGAACCUGAUGCAGUCUCUUGGACUUCUGUCAUCUCUGGUAAUUUCCAGAAUGGAUAUAAUGAUAGAUCCAUCGAGUGGCUAUGCCACAUGCAUGGGGAUGGAUACAUGCCCAAUGAGUAUGGAUUAUCUAGUACCAUAAGCUCUUGUGCUAAUCUAGCUUCACUGAAUCAUGGACGACAAUUUCAUUGUCUCGCUCUGAAAUUAGGGUGUGACAUCAAUGUUUGCACUGGCAACGCAUUAAUAAACUUGUAUGGCAAGUGUGGUUGCAUAAACGAUUCAGAAUUAGCAUUUGACUGCAUGCAUACUCAUGAUAUCAUGUCCUGGAAUUCAUUAAUUUAUGGUUAUGCCAACAAUGGGCAUGGUAGAGAGGCACUAGAAGCCGUUGAUAAGAUGUUGGAGACUCACUGCAGCAUUCCAGACGAGUCAACAUUCCUAGGGAUUUUGGUUGCGUGCAGCCAUGUGGGCUAUGUUGAUCAAGCGGUCAGGUAUUUCAAGCUAAUGAGUGAUACCUUUAACAUUAUACCGUCAGCUUCGCAUUAUGCAUGUAUGGUAGAUAUAAUGGGCCGAGCUGGAAGACUUGAAGAAGCGCUUGAUAUCAUUAAUCAGAUGCCAUUUAAGCCUGACGUAGCGACAUGGAAGACCUUAUUAGGAUCUUGUAUGAUGCAGAGGAACUUAGAACUUGGCAAACUUGCUGCAGCAAAGAUUUUUGAGCUGACUUCGUUGGACUCUGCAAGCUAUGUGCUUCUCUCUAACCUGCAUGCUUUGCAUGGUGAGUGGGACGAUGCCAAGAUAGUAAGGAACAAAAUGGAAGAAAAUGAUAUUCAAAAAGAAGCUGGACGCAGUUGGAUCCAGAUUAACAAUGAAGUGCACUCUUUUGUUUCAAGAGAUGAAUCUCAUCCUGAAUCUGGAACUAUCUAUCAGAGAUUAGAAGAAAUAUUUAACAUAAUAAAGUCUGAAAAAUGUCUAUGUGAGACAAACAUUGGUGUAAAUGAGUUUGAAAUUGGUGUUUAAUAAAACUCUGCAUUUUAUUGUCAAAAGAAAGACGUAUGUGACAUG